AUGCGGGACCCGCCAUCCCCUUGGUGGGCCGCCUACGGGGCCACAUUUAUAUUUUUGCUAUUGAGAACAACGGUUUCAGCGGAAUGCGUCUCCGACUACUAUGCAGAAGAUAUUUCGGUCGAACGGGCGGCUGAUGUCUCAUUUUAUUUCACCGCACUCGAAAUCCGCUCCCCAUUUGAUUGCGCCCAGUUUUGCGCCAAUCGGAAGUUCUGUCGAACAGCCGUGUACAACUCUUUUGCAAGGAGUUGUGCUAUUUCCUAUGCUCAACAGGUGGAUUGUCGAGUGAGUACGCAGCGAUACCUCGACGAUUUCAAGCCACAGGGCCAUUUGGUGCAGAUGGCUUGCUUCAAGGAUUGUCACGAGUAUAGAUAUCUUGCGCGUCACCCAAAGCUUGUAACGGUUGGAGGAACCUACGAUGCUCCAAAGAUGCAAAUCAAGAUCAUCACCGGAGAGCCGAAUGACGGGAAGCCGGUAUCACACAGCCCGGUCGACUCUCAAACCGCCAAUCUACAAAAUGAUGCUCCUCCUCAACAUCCAGCAAAAGGCAGAGUGUGCUUCACAACAAGCCCGGAAAGCUAUUUGCUGGACGCGGAUUUCCAGAAGAUCUCUCCAGCCUCGAUUAAUGAGUGUCGAUGCCUUUGCGCGGCCACCUGGAAAAAUGAUACGGCUCUGCAUCGCUGUUUAUCGCUGCAGUACUUCGCUUCGACAAAGACUUGCUGGUUAAACAAGGGCACCCAUUUCGGCAAAUACGACCUGAUUGGCGAUAAGAAGAUGACGUAUCAGCAUAUUACUUGCGACCCGAAAGUCCUCCUCUCCGUCGCCUCAAAAGUGUGCAAGGAAGCCACGCCUCAAAACAUCCUCGCCCUCUUCGGCCCUUCCACCUCAACUACCGUACUCCCGGAUGCUGCCACGACCACGAAGAAAAUUGCUGCCGCCAGACGAGAAGAAGACUUGCUGGAGGGAUUGAACUCCAAAACCUCCACAACCCCCCAACUGCUUCGAGGGCUCGAGCAAGGAAUAUCGCUCGAAGAAUGCCAAUGUCUGUGCGCCAAUAGCAAGGCAUCAGGACGCUUCGCCUUCGAGUGCCUAUCUGCCACCUACUAUCAUAACGAGCGCGACUGUGUCUUGAACCUGGAGAACAGAGAGACGAGACCAGAGGCGUUCCGAAGUGAUGAGAAUGUGACGUAUAUCGGGCUGACCUGUAGUCGAGGCGAAGCCCUCGCACAGCUGGUCAACCCGGAGAAACAGUACGGCUGCUUGGCCAAGGUUACCACGACCACGCUCGCUACGACAACCACCAAGGAGACCUAUCCGAGCCAAUCCGAUGACUGCUUCGAGGAGCUCCCAUCUCACGUUUUGGAGGGCAUCUCCCUAGCCGUAGAAGCUUCCGUUUCCCCAUUGCAAUGCAAGUGCUUCUGCGCAAAUGCUGAAAAGAGAUACGGUGAGAGCUGUCAGAGCGCGCAGUACUACUUCGAGAGCAAGACGUGUUUGAUUAAUAAGCAGAACCGGUUCUCCAACCCCGAAAAUUUCAACACCAUCUCGAGCGGUGGUCAACUUCAGAGUUACCUAGAGUAUAAAUGUGCUGCUAAAGAAAAACUAAAGAAGAAGUACCUGACCGAUGACUGUGCUGAAAUCUUCUCCAACUCGGA